AUGGGUGAGCGGGGAGCACCUGGGAACCCUGGGGACGACGGGAUAGGGUUGCCCGGCAAGGUAGGUCCGAGGGGUGCCCCAGGGUCAGUUGGAGCAACCGGUCAUACUGGCGUCAAAGGUCAAAAGGGUGAGCCAGGGGAGACACCAGACGACACCAACCAGCGGGUGGCAUUCACCGUGACGAGCUCACUGCACGUCCAGCUCCGGAAGAACGACGACGUGGUUGUCUCUGGCUAUGGCACUGGAGGUCACUGGCAGCCGAUGUCUGGGAGCGCGGUGCUGGUUCUGCAGCAAGGAGACACGGUGUAUCUUACCAUGAGUGGUAGGGUGGGUGGGGCUGCCAAUCACGACACCUCGUUUAGUGGCUUCAUCCUUUACCCGGAAUAA